UUUAUUCUUAUUUUUUAAUUUAUAAUCUCAAAUAUUUUUUCUGAUUCAAUUAAAAUGCCGCUGAAAUCCUCCCAACGGAAAUUAUCUUUCAGUACCCUGACCACCCUCGAAGCCCAAUCCGACGACGUCACUUCCAUUCCCCGCUUCAUUUCCGAUCCCUCCGCCUCCUCCUCUACCGUCGGAGACGGCGCCGUAUUGGACCACAAGAAAAGGAAGAAGAGAAAGAAGAUUAAAAAAUCGGGAAAUGAUAAAGUAGCCGACCGGGAUGGAGAAGCAAUUGAUCGGGGGCCUGGGUUUCUCCUUGAUAAAUAUAGUUGCACCGUGGUUGAAACUUAUCCGAAGGUGGUGCCGGCGGCGGAGGAGCCGGAGAGAAGAGGAAGGGAUUGUUCGGUGCGGACGGUUCAUCACAGUCCGCAUUUGAGGCAGAGGAACGUGAGUUUUGUAGCGGAGGAGGUGACGUCCGGGGUGACGUCAUUGGGGAGUGAGGUGGAGGGUAAUUGUAAUGGUGAUAAACAUAAUGGAGGUGAGAUUGAGAGCAAGAGUUUUAAGGAAGAUGAAGCAGAAUCGAAGCUGCAGGAACAGCAGCACCAGAAACCGACGGUUGAGAUGAACGGAAGGAAGUUGGAGAAAGAGGAGUCAUUGGAUUGGAAGAAAUUGAUGGCUGAAGAUCCCAAUCAGGCGUACCCUCUGGAGAAGUCACCUAUGAAAUACUUUUUGGAAGAAAUGUAUGCUGGAAAUUCAUUAAGGAGCACAAUCACUCCUGGUAAUGAGAAAGAUCGAGAAAGAGUAUAUGAUACCAUAUUCCGCUUGCCAUGGAGAUGUGAACUGCUCAUCGAUGUUGGCUUCUUUGUCUGCUUUGAUUCAUUUCUAUCACUGUUAACUAUCAUGCCAGCACGGAUAACUAUGAUGUUAUAUAGACUUCUGAAAACAAGGCAGUUCAAGAGACUCUCAGCAGCUGAACUAUCUGAUAUUGGCUGUUUUAUUGUCUUGGCUAUUGGAGUCUCCCUAUUACAACUAGCAGAUAUUAGCUGGAUAUAUCACAUGAUUCGUGGUCAAGGGACAAUUAAACUUUAUGUUGUCUACAAUGUUUUGGAGAUAUUUGAUAGACUAUGCCAAAGUUUUGGGGGAGAUGUCAUGCAGACGUUGUUUAAUACAGCAGAUGGACUUGCAAAUUGUUCAGUGGAAAGCAUGCAAGAAUGGCAGUGGAGAUUCAUUAAGGAUGAGGCAUUGGCUGUCAGUGCAUCCAUUGUGCACUCAUUUAUUCUGUUAGCUCAGGGUAUUACUCUGUCUACUUGCAUAGUUGCUCAUAAUAAUGCAUUAUUCGCUCUGCUAGUCUCCAACAAUUUUGCUGAGAUAAAGAGCAAUGUCUUCAAACGUUUUAGCAAGGAUAAUAUUCACAAUCUCACAUAUUUUGAUGCAGUGGAGCGGUUCCAUAUUUCAGCUUUUCUUUUGUUUGUGUUAGCUCAAAAUAUCCUGGAAGCCGAGGGUCAUUGGUUUAAAAGCUUCCUUUAUAAUGCUUUUGUUGUUUUUAUAUGUGAAGUGAUGAUCGAUGUAAUUAAGCAUUCAUUCAUUGCAAAAUUCAAUGACAUAAAGCCUGAAUCUUUCUCGGAAUUCUUGGAAGAUCUUUGCAGACAGACUCUAAAGAUACAAACAGAGAGUGGGAAGAGAAGUCUUGUUUUCGUUCCAUUGGCACCAGCUUGUUUGGUGAUCCGAGUUCUGCGCCCAGUUUAUGCAGCUCAUCUACCUUUUAGUCCUUUUCUUUGGAGACUCUUCUGGAUUUUGCUCCUGGCUGCUAUGACCUUUGUGAUGCUUUCUAGCCUCAAGCUGUUGGUCGGCAUGGGCCUUCAAAAGCAUGCCUGGUGGUAUAUUAGGAGGUGCGACAGCAGAAGAAAACUUCACAAAGACUGAUUUUGAGAGAAUAAUUAUUGGACAAACAUGGAGUUUAACUCUCGAAAUGCCUGGAAAUUCUCGUACCCCAUAUCGUAACAGAGACGGUGAGGAUCUCCAUUGAACAGCAAAUCAAGAAUACUGAUAUGCUUAGAUAUUUGACCCGGAACAGAUGUUAAUCUGGGCAAUUUUGCUGAAUAAUGCCCAUCAAGGUCAUAUAACUUCAUGUGAUACCCCAAUUUUGUCUUCUCUUCUUAGAAAGAACAUUAAGCAAGCAUUUUGAAAGUAGUAGUGUUGUACACAAACUUCAACGGCUACAUAUGGGAUGAAUGCAUUGUACAGUGUUCAUGAAAGUUGUGAAAAUAGCAACUUUGUUGGAGAAAUUUUUCUACUUC